CGCGGUAGGUGUAGCUGGGGAUUGGCACUGGGGCCGCAGGGGCGCGGGUGGGAAAGUUGUGUUGCGACGUAACGGACGCGAGGGCGCGGUGCUGCGCUGUUGGGAGGAGGGGACGGAGAGAGGUCGCGGUUCGGCGGGAGGCGAGGCGCAGGGCGCUGAGGAGUGGAGUUGGGGUCGACAUUGUUGUUGUUGUUGGGAUUGAAGGUCUAAAAUUCGAGGCUUAUGAUGGUGGUAGUAUGUCCUCGGAGUUUGUUCGGGCAUACGUCCAGUUAAUCCCCUGCAUGCCGAUGGGGCGGAGCAUCGCGGUUGCGACUAGGGGUCCAAUCUCGAGCUUCGCAAGGCGCGGGACAAUCUGCUGAAGACAAAGUUGCAUUGAACGCGCUUUCGAAACUCCUCGAGGCCACGAUGGUCACUACUGCGCAGCUAUAUGGCCGCGCCAUAGAUCUAGCCACUAACCCAGCGCAUAGUCGCUGGCAGUCGCCAAUCCUGCUCGUGGUCGACGCGCUCCUAUGCCUGGUGAUAAUCUGGAAAGUGCCUUAUACCGAGAUUGACUGGGAAGCCUACAUGCAGCAAGUUGCUCAAUUCCUAUCCGGCGAACACGACUAUGUCAAGAUUGCAGGUGGAACGGGACCACUGGUCUAUCCAGCCGUGCAUGUCUACAUUUACUCGGGACUAUACUGGAUUACAGAUAAGGGGAGGGACAUCAAACUAGCCCAGGGUAUAUUUGCAGCUUUGUAUUUACUCACCUUGGGAGGGGUAAUGGCAUGCUAUAGGAGAGCUAAGGCGCCGCCUUAUAUAUUCCCUAUGCUGAUCCUGUCGAAACGAUUACACAGCAUCUAUAUACUGAGGUGCUUUAACGACUGUUUCGUGGUGCUGUUUUUGUGGAUGGCCAUUUACGCCUAUCAAAGGAGAGCAUACACCACUGGCACAAUAAUUUACAGUCUUGGUCUCGGGGUUAAGAUGAGCUUGCUCCUUGUUCUUCCAGCCAUUGGGAUUGUGUUUCUCCUUACAAACGGGGUAUGGACAGGGUUACAGCAGGCUACUAUAAUGGCUCAGCUCCAGGUCCUCUUCUCAACCCCAUUUGCCUUGGAGAAUGUCAGAGGGUAUUACGGGAGAGCCUUCGAGUUCUCCAGGGUCUUUCUCUUCAAAUGGACAGUAAACUGGCGAUUCAUCGGCGAGGAAGUCUUCCUCAGCAAAGGAUUCUCAACCGCCCUACUUCUAGGGCAUAUAAACGUUCUAGCCAUCUUCGCCGUAACACGCUGGCUCAAAACAGCAGGUCGACCCAUCGAAACAAUGAUAACGCGAACGCUCCGCCUCCAAGAACCGCUAGGCAACGUGCAAAACCUGGUCUCUCAGCGCGUAACACCGCAGUAUGUGCUCACGACGAUUCUGACUGCAAAUGUCAUUGGCAUUCUGUUCGCUCGCUCGCUCCACUACCAGUUCUACGCCUACCUCGCCUGGUCGACGCCCUUCCUCCUCUGGCGAAGCGGCAUGCACCCCAUCCUGCAAUACGCCCUCUGGGCCGCCCAGGAAUGGGCCUGGAACGUAUACCCCAGCACAGACCUCAGCUCCCAGGUCGUCGUUGGCGUCCUGGCCCUCACCGUCGCCGGCGUAUGGUGGGGCACAGGGCGCGAGGAGUACGCAGAGAUCCGGCCCGGGGCGCGCGACGACGUGAAGUAGUCCAUCAUCCACAACCAGGGCUUUACUCCUCACCCUCGUCCUCAUCGCUCGAUGGCGGCAUCUUUCCCACAUUCGACUCCUCAUCAUCCGAAUCCGCAUACGGAUCCACCUUCACGAACUCCUUCGGCCUAUUCCUAGUCCAUUAGCCCUGUCACCACCACCCUCGCAAGCAGGGUUUACUCACCAAUACGCCUCCUUCCUCCACUCCCUCUCAUCACGCACGACAUUCAGAAUCUCCCCUCCCAGCUUGUUCUCCCGCACCUCCCCCUCCUUGGUGUCUACCAGCACGUACCCGCCGCGCUUGAUCCAGAUCGUGUUGCGGAAGCGCGUGGGCAGCUCGAAGAGCAGCUCUUUGGUGUUGGGGAGGGCACAGAGGUAGAGGUUGUUGCCGGCGGCGCGGACGACGCGGGCGAUGGACUGGGUGGGUGUGAGUGCGGGGGGUGGUGAUGAGGUUUCGUCGGCGGCGGCCUGGAGGUUGCGCUUUGGGCGGCCCAUUUUGGUGAUGUGUGUGUAUAUUCUAGUCGCUUGGGAAAAGGAAAAUGUAGUCGUAUUUAAAUUCUAAUUUGGCUUGCGAUUUUGUAGUGAGGGGUCGUUUCUUGCGUUUGAAUUGUUUUGUCUUCUUUUCCCCACGAAAGUUUUGUGAACGCUGUAUCCGUUGGCGUUUCUCAUAGGACCAAUAAGAUACUGGAGGGCAGAAUAGUGAACCACCCAGGUGCCUGCAUUGAACCGAACCAAAUAUCCACCCAACUUUUCACUUCAUGGCCUUUACAAUUACCAAAGUUUGUGCUUUAGGUCUGUAGAGUGAACUUGGGGAUACUGUAUCAUGUAUUACAAACUGCUCAAGAGUAACUUCAGUAUUUGAGUAAUC